GAGAGGGACAGAGACAAUGGUGCAGGAGAGGAUCCACAUCCAGAAGUGGUGAGGGGUCCAAACUCCAAAGUCUUAACAAAAACGUGUAACACGUGUUCGUACUUUUGGCUGGGAGGGAGAAAGUGUUAACAGAGUUGAAAGAAGCAAAACAAUAAGUGAGACGGUGCCGGUGAUCGGCGAUGGCGACUCCUAUAACUCCUGAUUCCGCAACACUUGCUUCGAGAGAUCCAUGGAAGCGUCUUAAACAACCUGCCUUCGAUGAUAAUUCCAUUCAGCGCAAAGAUAAGGCUGCGCUUGUUGCCUUCAAGCUCAGAUUUAUCUAUCUGCCUUUUAUGUUCUCCUCAUAAUAUGCCCUUAGAAUCUUAGGUGCAUUUAACGCCAAAUCUUCUUUCCGCGGUGGUGCAGUAUCGGUCUGUGCCUGUCAUUUCAGUUCUACUUGUUGAUUAUUAUAGGUUUAAUGGAUGGUCUUCGUGCCUUGAAACUAGUAGCAAAUGGAUUAGUGUUUGGUAAGGCUGUGAAUUGUGAUUGGAUAAAAUGCUGUAGUCAUUCUUAUGCAUGCAGAGGCAAAUUCCAUUAUUACACGCUUUUCUUUAUGUUUUAUGCCUAAAACAGUUUCAACAUUCUGGGGGUUGUACUUGGUAGACGUAUAUGAGCAGUUAUCAUGCCAAAGAAUCCUAAAUGUGGUUUUGGGAAGUAAUGGCGUGUUAUUUAUAACGUAAAUUUGUUGGACUUUAUAACUAGUAAUGGCUAAUCAGUGAAUUGCACAUUGUUGUUAAUGAGACAAGGGAAUUUAGGUGGUGUGUUGGAGAUCCCAAGUUGACCAAAAUAGGGUAUAUAAGUGACUAACCUGUAUUAUGCAUAGAUAUAUGAUCAACUACAUCAUAUGGGCUGCCUCAUCUUCGAGAGAAAGCUAUUGGCUUUCAAGUAUGAGCAAGUUAAGGCUUCGAUUGAUUCAUCUGAGUUUAUGCAUAAGCAUGAUUCGGCCAUGAAUUUAUCUGCAUUAAUUGAAGCAAGGAAACGGGAAGAAAGCUUGAAGAUGGCAAUAGGAAUCAAUGAAGCGUGCAUAGCUAGUCUUGAGAAGGCCUUGCAUGAGAUGCGUACUGAAUGUGCUGAAACAAAGGUUUCAGCUGAGAGUAAAGUUUCUGAAGCACACCAAUUGAUAGAUGAAGCGCAGAAAAAAUCUACUGAGGCUGAGGCAAAGCUGCGUGCUGCGGAAUCCUUUCAGGCAGAAGCUUGUGGAUAUUAUAGUGUUGCAGACAGGAAGCUUCGGGAUGUUGAAGCUCGUGAAGAUGAACUCAGGCGGCAAAUCAAAUCUUUCAAAUCAGAUUGUGAUAAAAAAAGAGAAGGAGAUAAUUCGUGAGGUAAUCCAUUUCUGAAAGGCAAGAAAGUUUGCAGCAAGAACAUGAAAGGUUACUACAAUCAC